AUGGCGCUGACCCAACCGUACUGGGACCCGGGCCACGCCCUCGACAUCGCCAACUACCAGCACGCCUACGAGGUGCAGUGCGUCGGCUGGGCGCACACCCGCGGCGCCCGCUGCGGCUGGCGCAUCCGCGACCCGGACGCCUCCAAGAUCUGCGCCGUCAUGUCCCGCAUGGCCGGCCGGCCCCCCGGCCAGACCACGAGCUCCGACCUGCAGACCCUCGCCAAGCUGUGCCUGUGCAAGGACUGGCACUACGACCAGUGGGGCGGCAUCGCGCGGAGCUGGGAGGCCAGGGUCCGGUCCGAGUCGGCUUCCUACGAGGCCCGGGUGGCCAAGGCCAGGGCCGCCGCCGCCGCCGCCGCUCAGGCUGCCGCACCUGCUGUGGCCGCUGUGGUUCCGUUCGGCGCUGCCCAGCCCGCCAACUCUGCCUCGUCCGUGUUCGUCUUUGGCGCGAACAAUCCCGUCAGCCCGCCGACGCCGCCGCCGAGCGGCACCACCUCCAGCAACAACAGUCCCCUCAAAGACCUGUCCCGGGAGCUCGCGCAGGCGAAGGAGAAGCUCGCCCGGUCCGAGGCCGCGCACGCCGAGCUGCAGAAGACGAGCCAGCAGGCGCAGAUCGACGUUUUCAAGGCCAACGUGCGCGCGAAGGAGCUCGAGGCCAAGGCCGAGGCGGCCGGCGAGCUCGAGGACCGGCUCAAGCAGGCGGCGCUGGCCGAGGCGCGCCUGCGCGCGGCGCACGCGGCCGAGGUGGCCCGCUUCGAGGGCCUGGUCAAGGAGGCACACGCCAACGCCGAGGACCUGACCAAGUACAUGCGCGAGACGCAGGAGGAGCUCGCGCAGCUGCGGCUGGGCCUCGCCGACGAGGUCGAGAAGGGGAAGGCCCUGGCGCGGGUCAACGAGGACCUCGAGGGGAGGCUGCGGGCGUCGGAGGGCCUGCAUGCGGAGGUCGACCGCCUCCGGGCCGAGGCCGAGGUGCUGCGCGCCAGGAACGGCAACCUCGAGGCCGAGGCCGGCCGCCUGCGUGGCGACGCCGACCUCCUCGGGCAGCGCAACGAGAAGCUCGCGGUGGACGUCGAGCAGCUCGCCGUGCAGAAGUCGUCGCUGGCCAGCCAGGUCGGGCAGCUGCAGGCCAGGCUCGGCACCGCCGAGGGGCGCAACAAGCAGCUCUCGGAGCAGCUGGCCGCCAGCGCCGAGGCGCACCAGCGCUCCGCCGACGAGGCGCGGGCGGCGCGGGAGGCCAACGCCGGCCUGCAGGGCCGCGUCGCCAACCUCCGGCUGCGCAUCGGCCAGCUCGAGGCCAGCGCGUCGGCGUCCUGGCUGCAGCGCUUCCGCGCCUGGGUCGGUGGCGUGAAGAAGACCGGCUCCAAGGCGGCGUCGGCCAAGGGCAAGGCCGUCCAGCAUGCCUCUGUAGCGGCAGGCAAAAGGCCUGAGAUGACGGUCACUCCGGUGUCUGCAUGA